AUUAAAAACCAACAAGUUGAGUGCUCCUUAUAAAUAAUAGACUGUGAAUCAAUUUUGCUUGUUUUGUGUUGCCACGCACCCGCUGUUUAAGUCUUAUGGUGGACGCAUCCUGGACAAAAGAACGGGUCGAAGAUCACAACCAUGCAGAAGAUGUAAUGGUGAGAGUGGAGCAAGGCGUGUUGAGAGGAGAACAAAAAGUGACAGUCACAGGAGACACAGUGUACUACAGUUUUAAAGGUAUUCCGUAUGCAGCACCGCCCACUGGCCGCUGGAGAUUUAUGGCUCCUCGACCUCCACUAUCUUGGACAGGAAUACGAAACGCCACUAAACAUGGAAAUGUGUGUCCACAAAUUGACGGUCUACAAAACAUGUUGUUCGUGCCUGGUAGUGAAGACUGUCUUUUCCUAAAUGUUUACUCUCCAUGCUUGGAUCCAGAAUCACCUCUAGCAGUUAUGGUUUAUAUACACGGAGGUGGUUAUGCUUUUGGUUCUGGAAAUGAUGAUCAUUACGGUCCAGAUUUUUUAAUGAACUCAAAAAAUGUCAUUCUUGUGACAAUAAAUUAUAGACUUGACACUUUAGGGUUUCUAUGUCUGGACAUUAAAGAAGUACCAGGUAAUACGGGUAUGAAGGAUCAAGUAGCAGCAUUGAGAUGGAUACAAGCAAAUAUAAAAAACUUUGGUGGCGAUCCAAAGAAAGUAACCCUUGUUGGUGAAAGCGGAGGAGCUGCUUCAUGUUUUCUACACGCAGUGUCUCCUAUGAGUCGAGGACUAUUUCAUCGGAUAAUAGCAAUGAGUUCAGGGCCACUUAAUGAAUUUAAUACUGAAUUUGAACAAACACGCAGAGCUUAUGUAUUAGGAAACAAUUUAGGUUUUAAAACCACUAAUCCUAAAGCCUUACUACGAUAUCUGCAGACUGUUCCUGUAAGACAAUUACUAAAUACAAAUGUAUCGGUGAUAGCAGCUGAAAAUUAUAUGCAUUUUUUAGUGAAAGGAUAUUAUUUGGUACCAGUUGUGGAAAAAGACUUAGGCCAAGAACGAUUUUUAGUAGAACCAAUUGAGUGUUCAGUUAAAAAAGGGCUACAUAAGGCAGAUACUUUUAUAGGAUACACCUCAUAUGAAGGACUUUUCAGUAUAUCAUUUAUUGAGAACGGAAAAAUAGUCGAAAAUUAUAAAAGAUUCCCUGAAGUUUUGGUGCCGAGAAAUAUAUUUUAUGAAUCCACACCACUGAUGCAUAUGAUACAUGCAGAUUUGAUUAAAAAAUUUUACACUGGGUCGCGAUUAAAGGCACUGAAUACGGUGCAGCAAUUUGUAAACUACUUUACGGACAUUUUUACUUAUCCUAUAUUUAGAUACGCAAGACGUCUAUCCAAUUUCAACAGAAACGAUAACAUAUACAUGUAUCAGUUUGCAAGUGUAUCAAACCGUAAUGUUUUAAGUCAAGAAGGUAUUCGAUACGGAUUAGAUGGAGUCGCUCACACUGAAGAUCUAUACUACCUGUUUCACCCAAAUGCUUUAAAUUUACCGAUCGAUGAGAACUCAUCUAAUUUGAUAAAGCAGUUUAUUGCCUUGCUGACAAACUUUGCGGUAUUUGGAAAUCCAACACCGGACUCGAGUUUCGGCGUCACCUGGCCCAAAUAUACUACUGAAUCAGAAAAGUAUGUAGUUAUCGGACAGAAUUUGACAAUCGCAGCUCAUCCAAGUCCAAUUACGAUUAAUUUCUAUGAAUAUUUGUUUCACCUAGCUGGUCUAAAGUUUUAAGUAUUUUCUUACUUAGAUAAUAGAAAUAUAUAUUGAAUAAUAAAUAUUGUUAAAACAUGAAGUGUGUGUUAUUGAGUACAUUAAAACAGAGUCAUCAGAUGAAUUUCUUUGUCUGUUCACGAUAGACUUAAAAAGUACUAAAUGGUUUGCAUGCAAUUUUCACCGAAAACGUAUAGUAAAAGAAAAAUUAUGAAAAGGAAUUUUGUAUAUAAUUUAUACAUUUUUUGUAUUAAUUGAUAAAAAUAUACACACGGUCACUGGAAACGUAUAGCGAUCCCUUUA